AUGGCCCACCAUGAGACGGAGCUUCUUGGCAGCAUCGUUGCCUUUGAAGGCCGUCCCGAUACCAUCUCUACCCAGCUGCGGCUUCUUCCUACCUCCUCUCAAGUCCUCAUUCUUCCUAGCGUCCAAUGCAAUUUCCCCAAUGUCGAUCUGGGGCAAAACUUCGACGCCCGCGCCUACGUCAAGCGGGUUCACGAUGCCCUCGUCGCCCGUAACGAAGCCGCCCGGACCUUUCUGCAGGCAUCGACCCCCACCAACAAGCGUCUGGUCUUCAUGAACGGAGGCACCCCCAGCGCACAGGCCCUAUGCAUCAAGGCCAUCAUGAUGCACGAAACGGCUGGGGACAGGGCAGAAGCCGGCGCCAUCUUCGACGACCUGAUCAAGGAUGGAGUGGCAGGACUACACGAAGAUUGGCAUCGCAGGAGUGCAUUCGACGGGCGCGACCAAGCCGGCGAUUUCGAAGAUCCCAUAACAAGGGCCAUGCGUGCCGCCGAUGCCCUGGACCGCCAGACCGCCAGCUUGCAGCCCUCCGACGACCUCGACCUGACCGUCCCCACGCGACAGCGCAGCUCGAGCCUGCCCUUGUAUGGCUACUCGGACGCCUUCGGCGAUGCCGCUCCCUUCUUUGUCUUUGGCGCUCGUACAGCCGAGAAAGACGGUCAAGUCGAUGAGACUUGCCCUACGGCCCCCAGGAAGCCAAGCCUGGCCGUGCCGCAAUCCGAUGACCCAGCUCAAAAGCCGACACUCCUCAAUCCAUGGAACCGGGUUUCCAUUCCCUACUCGCCAAGCUGCAUCGGAGAGUCGUAUGAGCCAAGCUCCUUUCAGGAACGCAUCGAGGUAGAUGCGUCCUCGCCAAUGUCGGAUGUCUUCAGCAUCCAGACCCUCGACAAUGUCGUGUACGGGGAGGCAUCCGUUUUGGAUGUGAGGCACUCCGUCAGCGGCAGAGGGUCCUUGGCAAGAGUCAAGUCUCUCGACAGGAUCUACCCCGCGAGCCCCAAAUUUCGAGACCUUUGCAUCCCUUCCGAGUCGUGGCUCGCUGAGCCCGAGACUCCUAGGCCGCAUCGUCCGCAAUCCCUCAUGGUGUUCAGAGACGACAAAGACGCACCUUGGAGUCGCUUAAGCAUCGUCGAGCGACCCAGAACGGUCAUGGUGAGAUCCAAGAUGCCAAUCGUCAAGGUAGCACCCGUCCCGCAGGGGAAGAAGAAGAGAAAGAGGCAUGUCAGGGCAAGGUCCACCUACGUAGACCGCGGCACCGAUCCCGACGCCGAGUCGGACGAGCAGGCUCCGUUCCAGCCCGUUUUCCCCUUGACCGAAGACCUGGUCGUCUUCUUGAAGGAGGAGACUGCAGAUGGGCUGCUCGAGUCAGCAGUUGGUGCCUUUAGGGACGGCCACUACCCGCUCCUACCCCUGUCCCCGAAGGCAUCUGAGCCGAUUGAAGAUGCCGAGAAAUCGUUGCCCGGCACCCCGAGCUCUCGCUCCUCUGAGGCCCCCAGGCACUGCAACAGCGCUCCUGAGCCUGAAGAGGACAUGGUCGCUCCCGCAUCGGCCAACUUGGACGACUACGACCCAUUCGCGUACAUUCAACCUACUGCGCAGGCGCCGAAGCCGUCGCCGAUGGCCCCCAAAGUGACUGUUGUACGCCCGCCCACGCCGGCUCAUACUCCGCCGCCCUCGGUCGCCGUGUCUGAGAAUGAGCGCAAGGUUCACGAGUUCAGUAUCGCGACAAACCAAACGGCAGUAGCUGUUCAAAACUCGCUUCGGUCCAUUCUUGCCGAGUAUUUUCCACCUGACACCCAGGGAUACCACCAGUUCCAGUUUUCCCUGCUUCCCGAAUUCGACGGCUUGUGGAAACCAAUUUUCCGCGGCACCGAGACCGACAGCCCACAAAAGGGCGAGGGAAACAUUCACCAGAUCUUGGCCAUUGGAUCGCAGAAGGGCGUCAAGAAGGAAUACUCGCUGGCAAUCACCGGCCAACUGGAAAGGCUAGGUAGCAAGUCCAGCGACCUGGGUCGAGCGGACAUAGUAGACUUCCGCUACCUCCUUGCCAACGCGAUGCAAGCCUUCACGGCUCAGCCCCUGGCAAAUCAAACUUCGGACAACCCGUUCACCAACUCGUAUCUGCUUGCGACACUCAUCGUGCCUCACCUGGAGACCUAUCUCGCCCUCCACUGCGAGGUUCGAUAUCUGCUGUUGCAGUACCCGCCGGAACACCUCGGGACGGUCCUGGCCCUGCAGAAGCUCGUCGGCGUCGACCUGAUGAAGGUUGCGCAGAUUGUCGACUCCAACAGCAAAGAACACCUACCAUUCACCCACAUUCGAGGUGUUUCCAUCGGCAGCAAGUCCGAGGCAAACCCAGGAAAGCGAUCGUCGCCCUCUCCAAGCCCAUCACCCGCCGUUCCCGUGUCCAAAGCCAACUUUCUCCUCACAUCAACGGCGUCCGACAAGGACAUUGCGAAGUUUGUGUCCACUGUGUGGAAUAUCCCGGCCGAUUUCGGGGAUUCCGAGACGCCGGAGUCUUCAAUCCUAAGCUCAUCUAAAAGGAAGGCAAGACCUUCGCCUCUCCAGUUGAGCAGGGAAAACCUGUCCCCUUUUCCCAAAGUCAGUCCUCAGAGUCCCGUUUCGCCCAAGACGGUUGUUGCGUCUCCGCCUAUGCGCGACGUCCCGCCGUCCGCUGUGCGACCUACCUCGGCAGCCGAGUCGGUUCGAACCUCCAAGUCGGGCAAGAGCAAGCAGAGCCGGCGCAAGUCUCGAGGAAACACAGCGACACCAGCGGCAGAUACCGCGUCCAUCAUGUCCUAUGACCCCGCCGAGGAAAGCGAUCUCGACUUUGACGAGCGCAGACUGAUUCCACUCUUUCUGAGGAAGACUGGGACGCGCAAGCCCAACAGCCGCAAGGCGCUCAAGUUCCUGGGUCUCGCCUGA